UCCCUCCAGACAGUUCUCCUCUAUUCUCACUGUGUUUGUGAAGAGAGUGGAGCUGAUUUGUUUCAUGGUUGCACGAGUGCCGAUCUGAUCUCAUCCCCCCCUUUCCCCCGGUUCCCUCUUUGGUGGAUUUUAUUUCUUUUCCUUUUCUCUCUUUGGACUUCACUAUUUUGGACUUGCGCUGUCUUCAUGUCCAUGUUGAGCCAUGCAGCCUCCGCCGAGAAAGGUCAAAGUCACGCAGGAGCUGAAGACCACUCAUACAGAGCAGCUCACCAGACUGCACUUUAAACACCAGACUGAAUGUGACUUACUGGAAGACAUGAGGACAUACAGUCAGAAGAAGGCCACACUAGAGAGAGAGUAUGCGCAGGCGCUGCAGAAGCUGGCCAAUCAGUAUCUGAAGAGAGACUGGCCUGGUAUCAAACCAGAUGACCAGAGAAAUGACUACAGGAACGUGUACGGGGUGUGGAGGGCUUAUCUGGAGGGCACAGUGGAGGUGAACCAGACUCGAGUCUACAUUUGUGAGAACUACAAGAAUGAGAUAUCGGACCCUGCCAAAACCGUACGCCUUUACAAAGAGCAGCAGCUCAAGAAGUGCAUCGAGCAGUUGGGUCGAAUCCAGGCUGAACUCCAAGACUCUGUGAAGGAUCUGGCAAAGUCCAAGAAGAAGUACUUUGAGCUGGAGCAGGUGGCCCAGGCUGUCCGGGAAAAAGCAGACAUCGAGGCCAAGUCAAAGUUGGGCCUGUUUCAGUCCAGGAUUAGUUUACAGAAGGCCAGCAUCAAGCUCAAAGCCAAGAGGAGCGAUUGCAACUCCAAAGCCACCCAGGCCAGAAACGAAUACCUUCUUACACUCGCGGCGGCCAACGCACAUCAGGACCGCUACUACAACAUGGAUCUGGCCAACUGUAUCAAGGCUCUGGAUGGUAGUGUGUAUGAACACGUGAAGGAUUAUUUGAUGUCUUUCUGCCGGACAGAGUUGGAAGCAUUCCAGGCCAUCCACAACACGUUUCAAUUCCUGCUGGACAAGUCCAGUCGAGUGGGGCAGGACUUCAAUCAGCAGCUGUUCCUGCAGGAGAAUCCCAUUUUCCACAAAGCACAGGACUUUCAGUUCCAACCGUGUGACAGUGACACAAGCCGGCAACUGGAGUCGGAGACCGGCACCACAGAGGAGCACAGCCUCAAUAAAGAGGCCAGGAAGUGGGCGACACGUGUAGCCCGAGAGCACAAAAACAUCAUCCACUAUAAGCGGACGCUGGAGGAGUGUGAGAGACAGGGCUCUCCUCCCACAGAACAGAGCCGCAAUGACCUUGAGUUCAAAAUAGAGGAGGCCAGAGAACACAUUCGUAAAGCUGAGACAGUGAAGCUCAAAGCAGAGGCUCGCCUGGACCUGCUCAGGCAGGUGGGCGUUUCUGUGGAUACAUGGCUAAAGAGCGCCAUGAAUCAAGUCAUGGAAGAGCUGGAGAAUGAGCGUUGGGCAUCACUGACAACCCUUACUACCCACGAUCCCUCACUCCCAACUACAGUGGACUUGGACCGAGAAGAAGGCGAGGAACUGGAGGAGAACAUGGAGCAAUUUGAUGAUAGCAGCUCUAGUCCUUCAGGAACAUUGAGGAAUUAUCCACUCACCUGUAAAGUGCUCUACUCCUACAAGGCAUCCCAGCCAGAUGAGCUAACCAUUGAUGAGCACGAGGUGCUGGAGGUCAUAGAGGAUGGAGACAUGGAAGACUGGGUCAAAGCACGGAAUAAGGCGGGUCAUGUGGGUUACGUACCUGAGAAGUACCUGCAGUUCCCUUCUUCCAACAGCAUACUGAGCAUGCUCCAAUCACUCACUGCCUUGGACUCGCGCUCACACACAUCAAGCAACUCCACUGACCCUGAGCUGGCCUCAGGUAGCAUUAACGGUGAUACCAGUAUGAGUUUUGCAAAGGCCAUAUAUGACUAUGAGGGCCAGACAGAUGAUGAGCUGUCCUUCCCAGAGGGCGCCGUCAUCCGAAUCCUUAAUAAAGACAAUCAGGAGGACGAUGGAUUCUGGGAAGGCGAGUUUAAUGGACGAGUGGGAGUCUUUCCAUCCGUCCUGGUGGAGGAUCUGACCACAGAAAAUGGAGAUGCGCACUGGGCUUUGGAUGCUCAGGUAUCAUCAUGUGUGAAACUGCAGUCAUCUUUGCCUCCUUUACCCCUCUAUGACCAGCCCUCCUGCAACCUGGACUGUAGCCCUGCCCCCAACCUGCCCCGCUCACCGUCUGUCAACGGCGAGCACAAACAGCCUGGCCUGCACAAAGGCCUGCCACACAAUCACAGUUCAGGUCUGAGUCCAGAAAGCCCAGGAUUUCCACAGCCACCAAGAUUCACACCUGAUAUAUCCGGCCCGGGCAAACUGCGGCCUGUCCGUGCCGCUCCGCCUCCUCCAAAACAGCACCAUCGCAGACAAGUGGACAAAACCGAGGAAGUAGAGAUCACGCUGGUGUAGCAUGCCGCUCUUUUCUUUUAGAGGACUUAUCUACAUUUGACCUCAAACUCCUCCUACUGGCUUCAAAGGGGUGGGGAUACCUGUAAGCCCACACUUCCAGCUCUCUGAACAAGGUGGACUGCAUUUCAAAGAUUUCUCCCUGCUAAUCCUGGAAACACCUCUUAUGGCGUCACGGUUUGGUGCCUUUUAACUCUUUUCAUGCCAAAACUAAUCCUUGUUUUUGUAUUUGUUGAGUCAAAAUGUUGUGGCAUUACCAAUUACAAGGUUAUGCUCUACAAAUUCAUGAUGGCAGAAAAUAUGAAGAGUAAUAAAGCCUGGUUGGUUAACUUGCACAUAUACCUAUCCAACAGGCUCAUCAAUAGCAGAAAAUGCAAUAUCAGGAGGUGAUUGAAGGAUUUGCAGGGGCAUUUUUGGUGUACAGUGGGUCUGGGUGAUUAAGUUUGCCCCGUCUUCAGCCACGUGUAGUCCUACCAUAUGUAUUUAAUGUUGUAUUAGUACAGUACAUUACUGUUGUCAUAGGAAUGUUCAAAAUAUGUGCAACAUUUCUUCUGUAACUGAGUGGAUGCUUUUUGAAAUAUAACGUUGAGGACAAAGACAGUUGUGUAUAAAAGGGUAAAAUGGCAAGGUAGGAAGGGUGAGAGGGAGUUCAAGAGAAUGAGGGCUGGAUCCUCCAUUUUCUUUUUCCUCUCCCAUUGCUUCUCUAGCCUCCUUAUGUUAAUCUAAGUGCAGUACUAAUUACAUCAAUAUUAGCCUUUUCUCAACUUUUCCUUAACAAGAUUGCCAUUUGUAUGUAUGAACUAAUAUUUAGUCAUCAAAAGGAAGACAGAGAAUGGAGGUUUUUUGGCGUGCAGUGUCCCUGGGAGCGCAUGCUUUACUUUAUCAUGCGGUCUAAUCUGUUUGCAAAUGCCAAUCAAUAUGCGAGCAUUAUUUAAAGUGCUUCAUUUUUCUUCCUGAUUCUUAUCUUGCACUCCGAUCACAAUAACAUAAGCUUAGUCUAAUGGAAUGUGUUGGCAGAAGGGUCCCGGCUGUUUCAUAGUAAUUAGCGUCCUAAGUGCUUUUCCUUUGUACAAGGGGCAGCUAUUUUUUCUGUUUUCUAUUUCUAUCUCAUACAUUGUUCUGCUAGAAAAAUCAUCACCAAACUCAGAUGGUCAAUUCCCAUUUCAUUUUGAAGUACUGAAUGCCUGUUAUUAUUAUUAUUAUUAUUAUUAUUAUUAUCCCAUAUCUGUAUUUUUAAACAUAUUUUUAACUAGGCAUGUGCUGAAUUUCUUUUUAUACAAUAGCAUUCAUCUGACCUCAGUAAUUGCACAUACAGUGUAUAUAUACUACAUAAUGCAAGAAAGAUUCUAUCGACUAUGUUUUUCUCACUCUCACAUAGGAAAAAGCAUUUUUAAUAGCAUCACAAGCCACAGAAAGCAUCUCUUUAAAUCCAUAUUUGGAAAUCUUCAGCUAGGAAGAAAGAAGUAACUGGAAUUUGCAUGUACUUUGAAAUAAUUUGUUAGCCAGCCAGCUUACAUGAGCUAACCUGACAAUUUAUGUGAGGAUUUUGAAGUUGUAUCCAUAAAAGUUCACAAUAUUCACAGCUAAUAUUAGUUAGGUAUCUAAACAUGAGCUAACCUGAUAGCAGUUCUGAGAGGAUUUUGAAUUCAUGUCCCAAAAAUUCACAAUAUUCAUGUUAGCUAAUGUUAGUCAGGUAACUGAACAUGAGCUAACCUGAUAGGAGUUCAUACCUGUCAACCCUCCCGUUUUUCCCAGGAAAUCCCUUAUUUUGACUUAUUUCCCGCUGUCUUCCUGUUUUUUUAUUUUCCCAAAAAUAUCCCGUAUUUUCACAUUAUAUAAAAGUCCCGUAUUUUCACAAUAUAAAAAAGUUGGUAGGUCCAGAAUUCAUGACACGCCUCUGACAGGAGUUUACAGCAGGAAGUCGGGCCAUGAAUUCACGUCCCCGCCCUCUCAGGCAUCAGUAAUUACAUAACUACGUCCGGAGGCGAGGCUGAACAAGUGAUUAGGUCCAAUGUUGCCAGAUUGGGCGGUUUCAAGUUCAUUUUGGCGGGUUUUGAACAUAUUUUGGGCUGGAAAACGUCAGCAGUAUCUGGCAACACUGAUUAGGUCUGAGGUGAAGAUGGCGAUGCUAAUAGCUAAGAAAAACAUUAGCCUCUCUUUCUUUGAUGAUUUCAAUAAGUGCGUGGCUGGAAUGUUCCCAGACUCUUCCAUCGCAAAGAAAUUUUCCAUGGGGAAAACGAAAGCCUCCCAAAUAAUCAAAGGUAAGCUACACAUGUUUACAUUAAGUAUGUCCUGGCUAAGACCUCAUAAAUAGCCUAGUGUAAACUAAUUGGUGUAUUAACUGUUUUAUCCACUCAUUGUCUAUUUUAUUUUCUAUCUGAAACUUACCCAUUUUAAAUCACUCUUGGAUUAAUAUCUUAUGUUACUCUUUAUCUAUCUAUCUAUCUAUCUAUCUAUCUAUCUAUCUAUCUAGUGUUCUGAGGCUAUGACUAUGGUAAAACCAUAAUAAAUUGCAAUGGAAUUGAAUUUAUUGACUGGUUAUAUAAUGACCUUUAUUAUUUUAACAUAAGAUACGUAUUUUAGCCCUUAAUUUGGGAAAUGACUGGUACCACUGAAAGCAAAUAAAAAUAAAUGUAUAGUUUAUUCACAAAUGCACUCUAUAAACCAUAAGCAUAUUGAGUUUGGGUCUUGGCUAUCACCAACAUGCACCAGAGUACAGGAAAUCACAAAUACUAGAUAGAAAAUUGCCCCCCAUUCAACUACACACCCACUUUUGGUGAAGGGUAUGACUUUCCGAAAUUUUCCCUUAUUUUGAGUUAAAAAUCUGGGAAAUAUCCCUUUUUUUCAAACCUCAAAGUUGACAGGUAUGUAGGAGUUCUGAAAAAAUUUUGAAUUCAUGUCCAUAGAAGUUCACAAUAUUCACAGCUAAUGCUAGUUAGCUAGCUAAAUGUGACCUAACCUGAUAGGAGUUCUGAGAGGAUUUUGAAUUCAGGUCCAUAGAAGUUCAUAAUAUUGGUCAGCUAGCUAAACAUGGGCUAACCUGAUAGGAGUUCUGAGAGGAUUUUUAAUUAACAUGUGAAUACAUAAAUGUUCAUACUCAUGUAGUGCUAGUUAGCUGGCUGUGAGCUAAACUAUACAGGAUUUCUGCAAGGAUUCUGAAGUUCAUAAACAUUCAAAAUAUUUCCAGCUAAUUCUAGCUGGCUGGCUAACUUGGCAGGAUGUCUGAGAAAGCCUUACCUUUUUGAGUGCAAUCAUAUAUAAAACUCAUUUUAAGGAUGAGGCAUGUAUUCGGAAACAUUCUGUUCGAAAUCACAUCUGUGGCCUGCAAAUAGAAUUUCUGAAGAGGUUUGGGAUUGCCUUCUUUAAAAAUGACAGUGUUCUUUUACAUUCAUCGAAGGUAUCAGCACAUGCCUAUGUAUAGCGUGUAUCUCAGCACUUUUCCAAAGCUGUAUGGCUUUGUAUCUUUGACUAAAGCCUAGGUCACAACCGGACGUACGAUUUUUUUUGGCCGUGCAAUUUUUGGCGUUUCUCAAAUCGCUGCGUUUUUUUUUUCAUGAAGAAAGACGCACGUUGGCCGUAAGUUUGUCUUGCAACCUGAAAAAAAACGUAAGCGCCCGUAGAGUUUGUUUGACAUGACAAAGAACCUCUGCGGCCGGUCUGCGGCCAGUCUACGGCUCUAAAAUCAGCACGUCACGCGCGCCCUCCGUGCAUUUCUUGCGUUUUUUGCACGUAGACCGGCUGUAGGAGCACGUAUGGCCGGUUGUGACCGAGGCUUAAUAUGUCUGCAUCCCAUCAAAGGACCUUUCCAUAGCAUAGCUGCCUAAACGUGUGUGUGAAUUUUUUGUUUUGUUCAGGGUUUGUUUGUUCUUUUGUGUGUUUUUUUUUAAUUCAGUGUUUUGUACCCCAAUGGUUUUGUUUGCUAAAGAAUACAGUCCUGUUAUUUAUUAUCUUCCUCCAGGAGUAAGAAAUCACCCAUUUUCUAGAGAUUAGUGUUAAUAGUGUUAAAAACAGUAGAUAAUUGUCACCUUAAAGCAUAUACGCAGAACCAUGGCCUCACUUUUUAUUUAUAAAUGUCUGAAACCUCAAGAAUAGCAUAGGAAUAGUUUUAAGCGUGAACAAUAAAUCUAAUAUAGUAUUUUUUAUGAUUAAAGUGAUUCAUAUAGGUAGUGGUCUGAGUGAAUGACCUGAGAUCUGUGACGUCACAGCAGGAAGUCUAUCGGUCUCAUCGCCAUUUCCGCUAUACUAAAACACAGGGCUGACUGCAACUCCGAUCCUCCAUUUUGAGCUAAUUUAUCGCCAUGCCACAUAGAUGUGUUUUUGGCGGGUGCAGCAACACAACAGAAGGUGGAUUUAUGUUGCAUUCAUGGCCCAAGAAUGUUCAAACUGCAAAGAUUUGAACGCGUUUUGUGAGAAAUUCACGGGCAGGUUGGGCACCUAUGAAGUGGUCUCUCCUCUGCUCUAUACAUUUUACUGAGGACUCAUAUGAAACCUCUGAUCUGUUGAGGAGCAUUGGCUAUAAGCCCGUACUAAAAGAGGGUACAGUAUCAACAAUUAAAGGAAAAUAAAACUAUAAGAAAAGGGAAAGCAAGUUCAGUUGCACCAGUUCUCCCGGAGUAUCAGCCGAGGGUAGUUGCUAAAACCGGUGAUGUCCCAUCCCAUCCUGGGUUUUAGUAAUUGCCUGAGCCAAGCAGUAAUGGUGGAGUACUCAGUAUGGAGAAUAUGUUGAAUGAGUGGGCCAGCCGUCUGAUUUCUCUGCUGGAUAUGCUUGCCUCAGCAGAAAUAUCUCGCCCUUACAUGGAAGAAGCGAAUGAACGGAGAACUGAACAAACAACUGAAAGUCAAAUUGUUUCAAAACAAUCGGCCACAAGGUCGGCCUUCAAGAAGUGAGAACACAGACGGGUAAGAUGCGACUCUCAUUUGAAUAAAAAAACAACAAAAACAACAGCACUCGUUGUUUACAUGCAUUUAGAUUAAUAUAUGUAACUUGUAUUGUGUAUUUAAGUUACCAGUAUAAGAUUAUUUAAUUUGCUUCAGAAUGUGAUUGUCUCAGUUCAUCUGAUUUAUUUAAUUAGACUUUUACGUUUUAUCAUUGAAAAUGCAUGCAUGUACAUGUAUGUUGCAUAAGUUAUAACACCUGUUUUAAUGAGAGUCAACCCACAAUCAAUGAAGUCAAAUCAGUCUUAGUUGAGCAAGUCGGUAAUGGUAUUUCUUACUUUCACCAUAAAUUUUUAUUUAUAUGACUUUGGUCUACAGCUGUCAAAGGCCUCGGCCUUAAAACCGGUUACUGCUGUGACGUCACACACCCAGGGCUGGCUGGCUCAGCGGGGCAGCUCGAAUGUCAACUUUGCAGUCGAUUUUAACUCUCAAAAAUAUUUUUUUUUUAUUCCCAUUUAUGCAGCUUACAAGAGUCAAGGAUGGAGAUACUAUCCACUCAGAAAUGUAUUUAAAAAUAAAGGUUCUGCGUAUCUCCUUUAGAAUGGUGCUUGGAAACAAUUUAGGGGCAAAAUAUGUGUAUAUGUGUUUGAUUUUCCUUUAAUAGAGUUGAAAAAAAAUUGGCAUAUCUGCCCUUAUGCCUUGUCUUUUUGUUGUAGCCUGUUUUCUUGUUGAUCUCAUUGAGAUCUUUUGAAUGUUAUCAAACUUGUUUUGAAGUUUAUGGCCCAUCCCGUCAAAAAGCUCCUCUCAUACAUUGGGUUUUCUUUUUUUUACUUUCCCAGUUUCCUUUCAACAGUUUCCGUUUUCUGCAAAACCAUAAUCCACAUACUCAUCAUUCUAUUUUUAAAUGCCUUUUGUUUUAUUGUAUUUGAAAGACACUGCAAGAAAAAGAUGGUGUAAUAACAUUGGACUGUUGCUGCAGUGGAAGCAUCAAAAACAGGUCAAGACGUUUCUUUCUGCAUAUUAUUAGUUAUAAAGUAAUUUGUAUUGUGUACAAAUGUUCAAUAAAAAAUGAGAAAAUGA